AUGGAGGAGCAAAAUAGCAAGAGCAACCAAAUUCCCCAUUUAGCUUCUUACAAAUUAGCCAAACUGCUACAUGACUGUGAGAUUGAGAAGAAGGCGCUGGCUGCUCAAGUUGAGGAGCUGAAGGCUCAACUGUUAACUGCCAAGUCUCACGUCGAGAACAGCCGAGAAAAAAAACCCAGACUUGCUGCCAAUCUGCAGGCGCAACGAACUGAGAUGGAACAACUGCAGAGGGAAAAUAUCAAAAUAUCUUCCCAUAAUGCCAGAGGAAACCGUCCAAAACAGCAGAGAGGGAGACGCAGCAAUGCAAAGAUGUUAAGCUAUCCACAAGAAAGGCUGAUGGAAGAACUGACUGAGAGCAAAAUCGGGAAUGUCUUGAGCAACUCGAGGAUUCUGACAGACCUGGAAGAUUUAAAAGUUGCCUACAAAAUGGAGAAAGAAAAGAACGUGGCCCUUCAGCAGGAGCUGGAGCAAACUCAGAAGUAUCUCCUGCAUGAAGAUAGAUUUCAUGCAGAGAAAGCGUUAACAGACCUGUUUCUGAUCAGGAAGCUAAAGGCUGUCAUAGAGGAGCAGCAGAACAAUGUCUCUGACAUGAGGCCGCUGCUUAGCUCUGCUGGGGACAGUGAAGGUCUGACCUCUGGGCAGGACCCUCUCCAGCUGCAGAAGGAGGAUUUGAAGACCACUCAGGAAGAAAACGGCGCUGUGUUUAACACACAGGUCUCCAAGCUUCCAUCAGACUCUGCUUCCUCAAAGGGACUUCCAACAAAAACCAGGAACGCAUCGAUGAGGAAAACCUUACACCGCUUCCUGGGAUGGAAAAAAACUGGAGAAGAAUACGACAAAACCAAGUCCUGCUGA